AUGGAGCUGGAGGCAGAACAAAGUCUCUUCGCUCGCUUUUCUCCUGGUGCCAUUGGCUCCAGCCAAUGUCUCUUGAUUAAACUCUAUAAAAUUUCCCCUGAGUGUCUUUCUGGGACCUCCACUGCUGUAGUCCAUGAUGAGGUGAGUGGAGGACGUCUUGUGUUUGAUGUUCCUAAAAAGAAUGUGACCACAUUCCACGUAACUGUCCGAGAUGAUAAUAGCAUCGCGGUCUCUUUGGAAGAUUCAGAUGUCAUGAGUCCAUCAUCUGUGUAUGUUGUGAAGAUAACUGGUGAAUCCAAAAAUUACUUCUUUGAAUUUGAGGAAUUCAACAGGACUUUGCCUCCUCCCAUUAUCUUUAAGGCCAAUUAUCAUGGCCUGUAUUACAUAAUCACUCUCGUUGUGGUAAAUGGGAAUGUAGUGACCAAGCCAUCCAGAUCCAUCACUGUGUUAACAAAACCUCUUCCUGUAACCAGUGUUUCAAUAUAUGACUAUAAGCCUUCUCCUGAAACAGGAGUCCUAUUUGAAAUUCAUUAUCCAGAAAAAUAUAAUGUUUUCACAAGAGUAAACAUAAGCUAUUGGGAAGGUAAAGACUUCCGGACAAUGCUAUAUAAAGAUUUCUUUAAAGGAAAAACAGUAUUUAAUCACUGGCUGCCAGGAAUAUGUUAUAGUAAUAUCACCUUUCAGCUGGUUUCUGAAGCAACUUUUAAUAAAAGCACUCUCGUAGAGUACAGCGGUGUCAGUCAUGAGCCCAAACAGCAUAGAACCGCCCCUUAUCCACCUCGAAAUAUCUCAGUACGUAUUGUGAACUUGAACAAAAACAACUGGGAAGAACAGAGUGGCAGUUUCCCAGAGGAAUCGUUCAUGAGAUCACAAGAUGCAAUGGGAAAAGACAAACUCUUCCAUUUCACAGAUGACACUCCUGAAAUCCCCUCCGGCAACAUUUCUUCUGAUUGGCCUGAUUUCAACAGCAGUGACGACGAAACUACAUCCCAGCCAUAUUGGUGGGACAGUGCCUCCGCAACUCCUGAAAGUGAAGAAUUUGUCAGCAUUCUUCCUCUGGAAUAUGAAAAUAACAGGACACUCAGCGAGACUGAGAAAUCAACAUCUGGCUCAUUCUCUUUCUUCCCUGUACAAAUGAUAUUGAAUUGGUUACCACCCAAACCACCCACUGCCUUUGAUGGGUUCCAUAUCCGCGUAGAAAGAGAAGAAAAUUUUACUGAAUAUUUGACAGUGGAUGAAGAAGCACAUGAAUUUGUUGCAGAACUGAAGGAGCCUGGGAAAUAUAAGUUAUCUGUGACAACCUUUAGUUCUUCAGGAUCUUGUGAAACUCGAAACAGUCAGUCAGCAAAAUCACUCAGUUUUUAUAUCAGUCCUUCGGGAGAGUGGAUUGAAGAGCUCACGGAGAAGCCCCAGCAUGUGAGUGUCCAUGUCCUAAGCUCAACCACCGCCUUGAUGUCCUGGACAUCUUCCCAAGAGAACUAUAACGGCACCAUCGUGUCUGUGGUGUCACUCACCUGCCAGAAACAAAAGGAGAGCCAGAGGCUAGAAAAGCAGUACUGCACUCAGGUGAACUCAAGCAAAUCUAUUAUUGAAAAUCUGGUUCCUGGUGCCCAGUACCAGGUUGUGAUGUACCUACGAAAAGGCCCUUUGAUUGGACCACCUUCAGAUCCUGUGACAUUUGCUAUUGUUCCUACUGGAAUAAAGGAUUUAAUGCUCUAUCCCUUGGGUCCCACAGCAGUGGUCUUGAGCUGGACCAGACCUUACUUAGGAGUGUUCAGAAAAUAUGUGGUUGAAAUGUUUUAUUUCAACCCUACAACAAUGACGUCAGAGUGGACAACCUACUAUGAAAUAGCAGCGACUGUCUCAUUAUCUGCAUCAGUGGUAAUCCUUCCUGAAUCAGUUGUCACAUGUACCAAAUGUCUGAAAAAAGUAAGGAUAGCUAAUUUGUUGCCAGCAUGGUACUACAACUUUCGAGUUACCAUGGUAACGUGGGGAGACCCAGAACUGAGCUGCUGUGACAGUUCCACCAUAAGCUUCAUAACAGCUCCUGUUGCUCCAGAAAUCACAUCUGUGGAAUAUUUCAACAGUUUAUUAUAUAUCAGUUGGACAUACGGGGAUGAUACUACUGACCUCUCCCAUUCUAGAAUGCUCCACUGGAUGGUUGUUGCAGAAGGAAAGAAGAAAAUUAAAAAGAGUGUGACACGCAAUGUCAUGACCGCAAUUCUCAGCCUGCCUCCAGGAGAUGUCUACAAUCUCUCAGUAACUGCUUGCACUGAAAGAGGAAGUAACACCUCCAUGUUCCGCCUUGUCAAGCUAGAUAUCAGUUUAAUGCCUGUUAUGGAUCAGUUAAAAGUAGUCAUCUUCUUCAGCCGUCCCUUGCCUCCCCAAAUGUAUUUCAAUUGGGUGGAAACAGCUUGCAUUGAGUUAAUCAAUGGAGCUGGGGAGAUUCAUGGUGCAGGGUGCUUAGAGGUGAGAAUUGUUGGGGUGACGUCCUUUACUGGGCCAAAGGAGAGAGGACCCAGGGUGCCAGAGGAUGCAGUGGCCAUAGAUUGGGUGGAUCACUAG